CACGAUCCCAAUAAAUGCCAUGUCAUCGCCUCUUCGGGGUGGGAAGCGUGUCGGAGCUCUUGAAGGUCGAAACCCUCCGUGGAAGGCGAAACCUGUCGAUUUUGGUCAUCGCAGAUGUUUGAUCUGCUAGAGGGGAUGCCCGUCAGCUCCCGCAAUGCUCCACUCCACGGCGUAACGCUGCUUCCCAGCAGUAAACUCUCCUCGUUGCGGUACUGCCGCUCCCGUCGCCUAAAAGUUCGGGCUCAAGAAGAACCUAGCGAAAAGUCAGUUGAGAUUAUGAGAAAGUUCUCAGAGCAAUAUGCCGUUAGAUCGGAAACAUUCUUCUGCGUGGAUAAGGGAGUCACCUCUGUUGUAAUCAAGGGUCUUGCAAAUCACAAAGAUACAUUGGGUGCACCAUUAUGUCCUUGUAGGCAUUAUGAUGAUAAAGCAGCUGAAGUAGCACAAGGAUUUUGGAAUUGCCCAUGUGUACCUAUGCGAGAGAGGAAGGAAUGCCAUUGUAUGCUGUUUCUCACUCCUGAUAAUGAAUUUGCUGGAAGAGAGCAGUGUGUAUUGGCUGUGCAUACAAGCCAGCAAGGAUUGCAUUUGUUGCUUGUUGACUAUGAAUAUCAGAGCAGAGGGGAGGAGAGGGAAAGGAAUACAAACCACGUGAAUGAUUCCAUUAGCCUCCGAGUAAUUAGUUAUUUUGCAUAAAUUAUGUCGAUAAAUUCAGACUUGUUGUAUUCAACAGCUUCAAUAAGUCUGGUAAAAUGAGGUUUAAUUGCUCAGAUUCAGACUUACAGUUUUUGGCUGCCAUUUGAAGCAUAAAUAAAUAAAACAGCGUUGGGAUACUGGAUCUUUAUUCUUAUACUGAGCCGAACCCAAUUUUACAUGUGUAUUUGUUUAGCAUACACACUGCAUUACUUUUUGCGAAAUUUACUGCCAUUUCUUAGUCUAAUAAUCU